AAAAAAGGAGAAGAAAAAAAACGAACGGUGGUGAUAGAAAGAGAGAAAAGUCAUAAAACCUAAUCUCUGAAAUCGCAGAGGCUCUCAUCUCUCUCGUUUCUCCAGCGUCCGAUCAAUCUCUCCCUUCUCUCGAUCUCUCCCUUCCCAGCAUCCUCGCUUCCUUCCUCCAAUCAAACGCCUCUCUAUUUCCCUCCCGCCCUUUUUUCGAAUUUCUUCCUUCUGGGUUUGUGUUAGAAGAUGGCGGAGUCGCAGCAGGUCAAGAGUCCCGGCGGAGGUGAGAGCGGCGGAGACCAAAGCCCUAGGUCGUCGUCGCACGUGCGUGAGCAAGACAGGUUUCUCCCGAUUGCGAACAUAAGCCGAAUCAUGAAAAGAGGGUUACCUGCUAAUGGUAAGAUCGCUAAAGACGCCAAGGAGAUUGUCCAGGAAUGUGUCUCCGAAUUCAUCAGCUUCAUCACCAGCGAAGCGAGUGAUAAGUGUCAAAGAGAGAAACGGAAGACCAUCAAUGGAGAUGAUUUGCUUUGGGCUAUGGCUACUUUAGGUUUUGAAGACUACAUCGAUCCCCUCAAGGUUUAUCUCACUAGAUACAGAGAGAUGGAGGGUGACACAAAGGGGUCAGCAAAAGGUGGGGAUGCGAAUGCAAAGAAAGAUGGCCAAACAAGCCAAAAUGGCCAGUUCUCGCAGCUUGCUCACCAAGGCUCUUUCUCACAAGCUUCUUAUGGAAAUUCUCAAGGUCAGCAUAUGAUGGUUCCAAUGCCGGGCACAGACUAGAAUGAUGGUGUUCCAAAACGGUUUGUCUGUAUAUUAUGUUGUGUGUUGUAAAAGGAUGCGUUUUUGCUAUGCAUAACUGUGACAAUAAUCAUCUCAUUGUUUGUUUUUUUCCUUUGGAUUCGUUCUGAACAAGUUGAGAAAUUCAUAUUUAUAUUUGGUUUGUGGAUUUUUUCCAUGCAAAACUAUAA